UAUCCGAGUUAAUUCCUAGUUUUUCAGAACAAUGCUAGAAUAACAUCUAGAUAUGCCAAGAAUCGCCUAAAAAAGAAAAAAAAAAUGAUUUUACGACAUGAGAGCAGACAUUUUAACGACCGAAAUGAUUUACAACAAGCUUAAUCACGUCAUCGCCAGGGGAGCUUUGGUCGUUUCAUAAAAUUGUAUGUCGAAAAUAUCGAGUGAUGUAGCCUUGAUCUUAAAUUUUCUAUGGCGCGUGUAUUUACAUUGCGUACGUUCUCUUGGAAGACUUUUAACAGAUAUUUUAUCGAGGAAACUACAAGACGAUUUUCUAUUAGUAAAAGAUGCAAUGUUAUCUUCUGCAAAGAUAUUCAUGAAGGAAUAAAAGACGUAAAAGAUGGCUCAAAAUUACUUGUUGGAGGAUUUGGACUUUGUGGAAUUCCUGAAAAUUUAAUAAACGGAUUAGUUGAAAUAGGAGUUAGAGAUCUAACAAUAGUUAGUAAUAAUGCUGGAGUGGAUGACUUUGGUUUGGGUUUAUUAUUAAAAUCUAAGCAGAUUAAAAGAAUGAUUGCAUCAUAUGUUGGAGAAAAUGCAGAAUUUGAAAGACAAUAUUUGAGUGGUGAACUGGAAUUGGAAUUUGUUCCUCAAGGUACUUUAGCAGAAAGAAUUAGAGCUGGUGGAGCAGGUAUACCUGCUUUUUAUACUCCUACAGCAUUUGGAACUAUUAUUCAUAAAGGUGGUGCACCAAUUAAAUAUAAUGCAGAUAAAAGUGUUGGUAUUUCAAGUGAAAAAAAAGAGGAACGAACAUUCAAUGGUCGUAAUUAUGUAAUGGAAGAGUCAAUUUUGGGAGAUUUUGCUUUAAUUAAGGCAUGGAAAGCAGAUAAAGCUGGAAAUUUAAUUUUCAGGAAGUCGGUGACAAUGUUUAGUUAUCGUGUUUGUCACGGCCGAAAAUCUGCUCUCGCAGAGGUUGAAGAAAUUGUUGAAAUAGGUGAUAUUCCACCUGAGCAAGUCCACGUACCAGGUGUUUAUGUUCAAAGAGUAAUUAAAGGAAAUAAAUUUGAAAAAAGAGUCGAGAGAUUAAAGAUACGUCAACCUAAUCACAGUAAAAAAGAAAUGACGCCUAGAGCACUCAAAAGAGAAAAAAUAAUACGUCGAGCGGCACUAGAGUUAAAAGAUGGAAUGUAUGUAAAUCUUGGAAUUGGUAUACCUGUUUUAGUAAGUAAUUUCAUUCCACCAGGAACAACUGUACAUUUACACAGUGAAAAUGGAUUAAUUGGAUUAGGUCCAUAUCCAUUGCAAGAUGAAGUAGAUGCAGAUUUGAUUAAUGCUGGAAAGGAGUCAGUUACCAUCCUUCCUGGGGCUUCAUUUUUUUCUAGUGAUGAAUCGUUUGCAAUUAUCCGAGGUGGGCAUCUACAAGUAACUAUGUUAGGAGCAAUGCAAGUAUCUAAAUAUGGAGAUCUAGCCAAUUGGAUGAUACCAGGAAAAUUAGUCAAAGGAAUGGGAGGUGCAAUGGAUUUGGUUUCUAGUGCUUUGAUGGGUACAAAGGUCAUAGUAACUACAGAACAUACAGCCAUAGAUGGAUCACCAAAAAUUGUGGACAAUUGUACAUUACCUAUUACAGGUCAAAAAUGCAUUGAUUUAAUAAUUACAGAAAAGGGUGUAUUUGAAGUUGACAAAGAAAAAGGAUUAACAUUAACUGAGAUUGCAGAAGAAGUUACAAUGGAAGAAAUGCUAAAUACCACAGGAAGUCCUUUUGAAAUUUCUUCAGAUUUGAAAACAAUGGGACAAGUGGAUUUAAGUUAAAAAUUUGGAAUUGUAUGUAAAAAGAUUUAUUAAUAAAUUAUAUUUUCAUAAGUUUUUGCCCAUUUACUUUUUUAAUAUACAGUACAGUAAUGCAUAAUUUCUGUCAGCAGUGCUUCUCAAGCUCUUUGGUACCAAGACACCCUAAAUCUAAUUGAAAAACUUCAUGGUCCUUAUACAUAUAUGAGACUAUACA